AUGAUAUCUGCGCUUCUUCCGCUCCUGCUAAUAUGCGCAGCGGCUCACGGUGUGUUCAUGUACGCCAUGCCCAACCCCGACGCCGCAUACCCUCCGCCCUACGGCCAUGACGAAUCCUGCACGACCUCCGCCGCGGCUAACGAUCGGCUCCCGCCCCGCCGCGAUAUUCGCGGGACAGGUCGUAUCUUGGACAUCACUCACAGGGUGCAUAAGGAUUUGCCGUCGUGGGAUUCCGAAGACGGCCUCGGCCGCUACGUGUGGCUCGCUAAGAGCAUGAAGAACGGAUCGCUGGCUAACAACUCGGAGAUGAAGCUCGGGGCUCACACGGGCACGCACGUGGACGCGCCGGGGCACGUAUAUGACCACUACUUCGAUUCCGGGUUCGAUGUUGACACGCUUGACCUUGAAGUCCUCAAUGGUCCUGCAUUGCUUGUUGAUGUUCCAAGAGACAAAAAUAUUACAGCCGAAGUAAUGGAGUCCUUAAACAUUCCCAAAGGAGUAAAAAGAGUACUUUUUAGAACACUUAAUACAGACAGGGGCCUUAUGUAUAAAACUGCAUUCGACACAAGUUAUGUGGGCUUCAUGAAAGAUGGGGCACAGUGGCUUGUGGACAACACUGACAUCAAACUUGUGGGAAUUGACUACUUGUCUGUUGCUGCUUAUGAUGAUUUAAUCCCUUCUCAUCUUGUUCUUCUCAAAAGCAAGGAAAUUAUCCUAGUUGAGGGACUCAAACUCGACAAAGUUCCAGUUGGACUAUAUAACUUGCAUUGCCUGCCUUUGAGAUUGGUUGGUUCCGAGGGAUCCCCCAUCAGAUGCAUUCUCAUCAAGUGGCACUCGGAUUUUUCAAUAAUAGUAGAGGCUACCCCGCCGGGAAUAGCCAAAAACCCGAGCCACGCGAGGUGCUUGAUAAAAAAGUACAAGCAUUGCUACAACUUGGAGCACGUGUGCCCCAAGUAUUGCCCCGACUCCUGCUCGGUCGAGUGUGUCUCGUGCAAACCAAUAUGUGGCGGCGUCUCGACGAUACCAACGCCAGACUCCGAGUCCCCAUCGCCACCGGAGGGUUCACCUGGAAUAGGUUCCGAUGAUUCCAAAGGAGACGAUAAUGGAAAAGGAGGUGGAAAAGGUGAUGAUGAUAAUGGAGAAGGAAAUGGAAAGGGAGGUGGAGAAGGUGAUGAUAAUAAUAAUGGAAAAGGACAUAGAAAGGGAGGUGGAAAAGGCGAUGAUGAUAAUGGAAAAGGACAUGGAAAGGGAGGUGGUGAUGAUAGAAACGAAACUCCUCCGACUCAAACACCCGUACCACCGCAGUCUCCACCAGCUCCGGUGCCCGAUUCACCGCUAAAUUCUCCUCCAUCUAUCCCCGUCACACCACCACCGUCAUCACCAACUCCAACACCCGUACCACCACAGUCUCCACCAGCUCCCGUGCCCGAUUCACCGCCAAAUUCUCCUCCAUCUAUCCCCGUCACACCACCACUGUCACCACCAACGCCAACACCUGCACCACCGCAGUCUCCACCGACUCCGAUUUCGGAUUCACCGCCAUUUUCUCCUCCAUCUAUCCCCGUCACACCACCACCGUCACCAUCAACUCCAACACCCGUACCACCGCAGUCUCCACCGGCUCUAAUGUCGGAUUCACCACCAAACUCUCCUCCAUCUAUCCCCAUCACACCACCACAAACUCCGCCACCAUCGACUCCCACAAACUCUCCACCAACUCCAUCAACACCUACACCUCCAUCACCAGUUACUCGUCCUCCUCCUGCCGAUGUUCCCACACCUCCGACAGAUUUAUCAGAAGCUGCCGGAGGAAGGAGAAAGAGGUGCAGGAAUAGAAACUAUCCCCACUGUUAUGGCGUGCAACACGUUUGUCCCGCUUACUGUCCACGCACCUGCGAGAUCGACUGCGUCACCUGCAGACCUGUCUGUCAAUGCGAUAUGCCAGGCGCGGUUUGCCAGGACCCUCGCUUCAUAGGUGGGGACGGCAUCACCUUCUACUUCCACGGCAAGAAGGGCCGUGACUUCUGCCUCGUCAACCAACCGAACCUCCACAUCAACGCCCACUUCAUCGGUCGUCGCAACGAAAACAUGAAGCGUGACUUUACGUGGGUCCAAUCCAUCGGCAUCCUCUUUGGGCCCCACCGGCUAUUAGUCGGCACGCAGAAAACCGCAAUAUGGAACGAUGCCGUCGACCGACUCUCGCUCGCGUUCGACGGCGAACCCAUUGCCCUCCCAACCGCCGAGGGCUUCAAAUGGAAAGCCACAAACCUCCCUUCCGCCAACAUCUCGGCAAAUGUGGUCCCCAUCACGAAACACGAGUCAAAAGUCCACAACUACAGAAUCACCGAUGACGACUGCUUCGCGCAUCUCGAGCUCGGUUUCAAAUUCUUUUCGUUGAGCGAGAACGUGAAUGGAGUACUGGGGCAGACCUACGGGAAGAACUACGUGAGUAGGGUGGAAAUGGGAGUGCCGAUGCCGGUUCUUGGCGGGAAAAGGGAGUUUGCGGUUUCGAACCUUUUCGCUGCUGAUUGCGAAGUUUCGCAGUUUCAAAGCGGCGAAAUGCAGCUAGGAAGUGUUCUCGAGCUGCCGGCCAUCAACUGUAGCAGUGGUGUUGAUGGGAAGGGAGUUGUUUGCAAGAGAUGA